UUUGCUACAUACUACUAUAUAGUAACUAUGUUUCUGAAAUCUCAUCAGACCCACAAAGCAAAAGCAAAAGCAAAAGCAAAAUCUCAUCGAACUAACUAAUCUCACUAUCAAUGGCAGAUGCAGGUUGCAGGUAUGCAUUAGUUACCGGAGGGAACAAAGGAAUCGGAUUGGAGAUCUGUAAGCAGUUAGCUUCCAAAGGAAUUACAGUGAUAUUAACUUCAAGGGAAGAGAAGAGAGGCCUUGAAGCACUGCAAGCCCUAAAGGACUCUGGCCUCUCUCAUCAUGUGGAUUUUCUUCAACUCGAUGUUGUCGAUUCUGCAAGCAUCGCUGCUGCUGCCCAAUUCCUCACAACAAGAUAUGGGAGGCUUGACAUUCUGGUGAACAAUGCAGGCAUACUAGGAGCAGAACUGGAGGGAGAUGUUUCAAUUCUUCAAGAGCUAGUACAAGCAAAUGCUGCUACAGUAUUUGCUAACUCAGAGGUUGAGACGCCGCUGCAGCUGAAAGCGAAAGGAACUAUGAUCCAGACAUACGAGGCUGCACAAAAGUGCAUACACACAAACUACUACGGUGUAAAGAGAGUGACAGAAGCCCUCAUUCCUCUCCUCCGACUAUCUGAUUCACCAACUAUCGUCAAUGUCUCCUCCAUCUUAGGCCACCUUCGUCUCUUGCGGAACGAGCGCGCAAAUGCUGUGCUGAGCAACGAGGCGGGCCUGACCGAAGAGGCCGUGGAUGGGGUGGUGCGAGAGUUCCUCAAAGACUUCAAAGAGGGGAGAUUGGAAGAGAGCAAGUGGCCGAGUCACGGUGCGGCCUAUAAAGUGUCUAAAGCGGCUUUGAAUGGAUACACAAAAGUGUUGGCUAAGAAGCACGCUGAUUUCGUCAUCAACAGCCUCUGCCCUGGCUUUGCGAGAACGGAUAUUACUAGCAAUCUCGGUGCCAUCAGCGCCGAGGAGGCCGGUGGGAGGGUGGUUAAGGUGGCGCUGCUGCCUCGUGGAGAGCCGACGGGGGGCUACUUGAUUGACAAGGAUUUAUAUGGUAUUGCUACUUGAUGGAUAGCCAUUGCAUGUGCGUGGAAUUCUUGCAAUCACCACUAUAGUUAUGGCUGCAUAUGCCUUUUCCUAUAAAUAAGUAGCAUGAUAUGCUCAAGAAUUACUAUAUUAAUGUUAUAAUUUCUGUUAUAAUUACUACAUAAUCGUGGUAUUAUAGUA